AUGGCUGCAAGUGGCCGAGGCCUCUGCAGGACCGUGAGCGCCUGGCCCUGUCCUGCGUGGAGACGAGCUCACUGGGAAGCCCCGGGGCGCCCGAAGCCUGAGUACGAUGCGGUGGUGAUAGGAGCAGGUCACAACGGGCUGGUGGCUGCGGCCUACCUACAGAGGACGGGGGUGAGCACGGCCGUCUUUGAGAGACGCCAUGUGAUCGGGGGCGCAGCUGUCACGGAGGAGAUCAUUCCAGGGUUCAAGUUCUCCCGAGCAUCCUACCUCCUCAGCCUGCUGAGACCACAGAUCUACACUGACCUGGAGCUGAAGAAACAUGGGCUGAGAGUUCAUCUUCGAAACCCCCACUCCUUCACCCCCAUGCUGGAAGAAGGCACGGGGAGCAAGGCGCCCAGGUCCCUACUUUUGGGCACAGACAUGGCGGAAAACCAGAGGCAGAUUGCCCAGUUCUCGCAGAAGGAUGCCCAGGCUUUUCCCAAAUACGAGGCCUUCAUGAAUCGCUUGGCAUCAGCCGUCGACCCUCUGCUGGACGCAGCGCCCGUGGACAUGGAGGCCUUCCGGCGGGGCUCCCUGCUGCAGAGGCUCCGGGCGCUCUCCACCCUCGCACCCCUGCUGCAGGCAGGCCGCAUCCUGGGGGCCCAGCUGCCCCAGUAUUACCAGGUCCUCACAGCUCCCAUUACCAAGGUGCUGGAUCAGUGGUUUGAGUCAGAGCCUCUAAAAGCUACUCUAGCAACGGAUGCUGUGAUUGGAGCCAUGACAAGUCCCCACACUCCAGGCAGUGGGUAUGUGCUGCUGCAUCACGUGAUGGGGGGCCUGGAGGGGAUGCCCGGGGCCUGGGGCUACGUCCAGGGAGGCAUGGGUGCCCUCUCGGAUGCCAUCGCAAGCUCAGCCACCGCGCACGGAGCAAGUAUCUUCACUGGGAAGACGGUGGCUCAGGUGCAGGUGAGCAGCGGAGGACGCGUGCGAGGAGUGGUGCUGCAGGACGGCUCCGAGGUGAGGAGCAAAGUGGUGCUGUCCAACGCGGCGCCCCAGACCACCUUCCUGAAGCUGACGCCAAAGGAAUGGCUUCCCGAAGAGUUCACACAGAGGAUCUCUCAGCUGGACAUCCGGUCGCCUGUCACCAAGAUCAACGUGGCUGUCAACCGGCUGCCUGACUUCCUGGCGGCCCCCAAUGCUCCCAGGGGCCAGCCGCUGCCCCAUCACCAGUGCUCCAUCCACCUGAACUGUGAAGACACCCACCUGCUCCACCAGGCCUUUGAGGAUGCCAUGGAUGGCCGGCCCUCCCACAGGCCUAUGAUUGAGCUGUGCAUCCCUUCCUCCCUGGACCCCACGCUGGCCCCGCCCGGCUGCCACGUGGUCUCCCUCUUCACCCAGUACACUCCCUACACCCUGGCCGGAGGCCAAGUCUGGGAUGAGCAGGAGAGAAACGCUUAUGCAGACAAAGUGUUCGACUGCAUCGAGGCCUAUGCCCCUGGCUUCAAGGGCUCCGUGGUGGGCAGAGACAUCCUCACUCCACCUGACUUGGAGAGAAUCUUUGGGCUUCCUGGAGGGAACAUAUUCCACGGCGCCAUGGCCCUGGACCAGCUCUACUUCGCCCGCCCCACGCCCCUGCACCCUGGCCACCGCUGCCCACUCCCCGGCCUGUACCUCUGCGGAAGUGGGGCCCACCCUGGAGGAGGGGUCAUGGGAGCCGCUGGUCGCAAUGCAGCCCACGUGGUCUUGGAGGACCUCAAGAGCCUGUGAUCCUGACCCAGGAAGAACUGCCCUUGAGCUUGGAGGUCCCCACGGGGCCAUCUGUCCAGGCUAUGGCUGAGGCAGACCAGUGCUCAAGGCUCGGCGACUAUUUUAGAAAAACACCUGCAAGUUACAUUCGGCACUGGCUAGCCUUGUACCCAGGGCUCAUGAUGAACUGCUUUUGUUUUAUUAAAAACAGUGUUUUGUACA